UGCUGACCAGACGCCAGUAAUAUUAAAUAGUAACAAAGGUCGAAAUGGAACAGCAACAUCUGAAGGAAGAAGAAUGGGUGUCUCCUCUAGGUCGUCCUCUGCCCCCAGCGUCUCUGCGUCUUUUGGUUCCUCCACUGCGGCUGGUGUCUGCAGCUCUAUGGCAGGUGGUUCAGCGGAGAGACGUCGUGGACUACGGCUUGGUGGAGGAGUUUGUCACCACUGUGUUGGACAUAGUCCCAGAUCUGAUGAGUUACAGAGAGAAAGUCCAACUCCUCAUGGGUCUGAGAGCACAGCUGGUUCUGGAGUUGUGUCGCUCAGAUCAACUAGCCGACCGUGACACCGUCCAGCCACACCUGAACAGGAUGAAGACCUGUAUCAUCACUCAUGGGGACAACAAGAUUUCUGAUCCUGAGGUGGAGGCAUCAGAAUCAAACUUCCUGAAGCUGAUUCAAACGCUGCUGGAAGACCCCUUUGAGAGAGAACACUUCUUUCAGAAAGUGUUUCCAGAGGAAUUUGGGCCGAAGUAUGACUCAGCACUACAGACUCUGGUGUGGGAGUUCCUCUCCAGGCUGGAGAAGCUGCUUCCAACACCAACCCUUCAACAGACUGCAUCAUGUUUCCUACCUGACCCCUCUGUCCUGAUGGAGUGUGUGCAGUCUGUGAGUCACCCUCAGCCUUUGAGGAUCCUUCUCCAGUACCACACCAAGCCUUCUCCAGUACCACAUGUAGAGGCCAAUGCUCUGUCUGGAGACGACCACAUCCUCUCCUCGCCGCCUCCCUCUCCCCUAGAGACCGUGGAAUCAUCCACUGACCAAGCUGACCCAGAGAUCCAAUCAGAACCCGUACAGGGAUUCAUGACCAUUCAAAGGCCUGCAUCAUCUGACAUUGAGUCAGAAAUGACACCGUCGUUGGAAUACAGGGAGAGCGGACGGGGGAUGAAUUUAGACCGCUCUGCAAAUGUUGACAUUUUGCCUUUGAAUGAAGCGGUGGAGCCUGCUUUUGUAAACAAGGAAACUGCAGAGAGAAACGUUAAUGAUGGGACACUUGACAAAGAGUCAGCAGAAGAGUGGAAAAUGGAUGAAGCUUUUCUCCGCCUUCAUACUGACAGUGGGCUGAAAAUCCAAGGAAGAGUUUGCAGCCAACCGGAGGUGCAAGACAUUUCUAGUUUAUCUACUUCCGGUCGGCUCCGUCAGCCCAUAGUGCUGCUGCAGAGACUUGACGUGACUGAUAUGCUGUUACCAGAGGUCUCUUCAACACAGAGGAGAGAGAGGCUUCAGCUUGACAAAGUGGGAUCCCAAGGACCGAGAGGAGGACGGGUCAUAUCACAAAAGAGUGAGAGGAAUGUCAACGGAGAGCCCUCGGAUAGUAAGCCUCAGUGUUCUCUGGUCCCUGGCCCGUCACAUAUGAAGGGUCAGCCUAAAAUAAGCAAGCGUGUCAAAAUAUGCUCCUUUUGUGGGAAAACUUUCAGGGAAGCAAAAGAUUUGACAGCACACAUGAGAACUCACACGGAGCAGAGCCCUCGCCUGAUUGGACAAGACUUUGACUUACAGGAUGAGGUGGCAGUUCAACCAGAAGAGGAUAACAUGUCCGCCGCAUCUUCGGAGGAUUGGACGGAAACGCCCCAAGACACUUUACCCCAGAGAAGACGCGUGAAAAGCCAACAUGGUAAACCAAGACAGUCUUCCAAAGUCAGCAAAUGCUCCCUGUGUGACCGGACCUUCAGUAAGGUGGCACACUCGAGACAGCACAUGAGAUACACUCAUGGUAAGCUCCUGUGCCUCAACUGUGGGGAAGGUUUUGAGAACUCUGAUUUUGAGAAACAUAAAGAAGAGUGCUUGAAGACGAAGAAACGUCUCUCUUGCCCUCUGUGCGGUGACACCUUUGAACUCUCUGAGCCAAACGAGGACGUGAACCAACAGAGACUUCCAAGAAAGGCUCACCCAGACGCAAGCACGCUUUUAGCAGCAGUAGAAAAUGUGGAGAUGGAGAUACCUUUUCCCUCAAACGCUACACCCCAGAACCCAACAACCUCCAAUGCUCUGCCAUUUCAGUUAGCUAAUAAUUACAGAACGUGCCUUUUGUGUAAGGAAGCGUUUGAUAAUGGAGACGACCUGAGAAUGCAUCUGAAAUGUCAACAUGAUGUACUUCCUUACCCGUGCUUUAAAUGUGGGGAGAGCUUCCAAAGCACAUGUGAUUGGCAGAAACACUUAAACGAGUGUUCGGGACAAAACAUUCCAGACUUCAGAAAGUGUCCGGGGUGCAGGACAAGGACUUGUCAAUAUACACAGCAGGGAAUGACAAGUCAGGAAGUGAACUUUAAACGACACCAGACGCACUGGCCACUACAUACAGAGGAAAAUGAGAUCCCGCAGUCCGGCAGCACAGACGUUGACUUCUCAAAUGACUCUCAGCAACACCAGCCAAACCAAUCAGUCAAUCAAUCAAACUUAUUUGUAAAGGACUUUUCCAAUCAGCAAACUGCUCUCACAGUAAGCCGGCCUAGACCCCAAAGGGCAAAAGAGUGUGAUGAGAUUAACUUUCAGAGACGGCGUGAGGAAGUCAGUCCACGCCAACACCUAAGGGAGGUUGAUCCAGCAGAUGGAAGCACAAGGGGUAAUGGGAUAGAGACUCCCCAGACCCACAGUACUGAACCCCAGAACCCAACAACCUGCGACGCUUCCCCCACUCUGCCCCGCGGUGUGGAUUUAGAUUCUAGAACGUGUCACGUGUGCUCAAAGAGUUUCCGUAGGAAACAAUCCCUGACUUUGCAUCUGAGACGUCACGGUGAGGGGGCCAUUAAGUGUCCCAUAUGUUCAAAGUGCUUUGGUCGCAACCGGGAUUUAAAGUUUCACCUGGCCAACAAAACAGGCUGUGGGCCGAUGCGCCGUAAUCGUAGCGUCGUAAUCGUUCCCACAAAAGACACGCCGGUCUUCACCUGCUCUGAUUGUCUGCAACAAUUCACGAGCGAAAAUAAACUGAAAUUACACACGGUAUGUCACACGGGAAAAGGGUUCUCCUGUAGUUUUUGUGGCAGAAUGUUUGCCGAACAUAAUUAUUUAGAAGUUCAUAUUCGUUCUCAUACUUACAGGCCUUAUCUAUGUGAUAUGUGUGGUAAGGAUUUCCCAUCUCAGUCUGUAUUGGAAUCACACCAACGGGUACACACAGAGGAGCGCCCAUUCUGUUGCACAGACUGUGGAAAACGUUUUAAAGAUAAGGGUACCCUGAAACAACAUCGAAUGAUUCAUACAGGAGAGCGGCCGUUUGCCUGCGCUCUUUGUCAACUACGCUUCAGAACGAAUAGACAUCUAAAACGACACAUGAUGUUCCACACAGGGGAAAGGCCUUAUAAAUGUCCAGUUUGUGGGAAGGGCUACACGCAGAAAAGCGAUAUGAGGCAACAUCAGGCUUCGUGUUCCUAGUUGUCUUGGGGCUCAGAGUUAUAACAUACGAGUUCUGCAGCUACUCUUAUCUGUCAGCAUUCGGACUCAUUCACUCUCUUAUGUUGUGUUCGUGACAUGUUGUAAAUUCGUAAAUACCAGCAUACGACUAGGAAAUUUCCACUUGAACGCCCCUCCAACUGCUAAUUACUAGUGGGAAACUCGUUUAUCAUCUCUGAGCUCCGACUUCUCCCAACUCUGAGGUCACUAAAAAGUCUUUAGUACGACAUGAAUGGCCUCCCGAGGGGCGCAGCGGUCUGAGGCUCUGCAUCGCAGUGCUUGAGGCGUCACUACAGAUCCGGGUUCGAUCCCGGGCUGUGUCGCAGCCGGCCGCGGU